UCUGUGUGAGGUGUAGUGUCAGUGAGCACAAUGUUUGGGAUGUGGUUGAGGGGCUGGAUUUUGGCCCUGUUUGGGGGCUUCCUUGCUGCUCUUGAGCAGAAUAUGUUUUAUGAGGAGCCUCUGUUGCUCUGUGGGGAGGAGAGCCUGGAGUACACUCUGCAGCUUUUUGCCACUAAUAUUUCUACUAGACUGUCAGUUUAUGAUGCUGAUGGAAAUGGAACCCCACUUGUCACCAAUGAAUCCUGCGGUAUCUGGAUUACUCCUGAAUCUGAUGGAUAUGUAGUCAUUUAUGCACAAUAUGAUGGCUGUUAUGUGCAGAUGAUGGAGAAUAACUACACAAUGACAAUCUUCCUGGAGGUCAACACUACUGGGGAAUGGGAGGUGUACCAGAAGGAAGAUCUGAUGUGCCCAAUUUCAGAAGCAAAAGAUUCUCCAUCCCCAACUGAGUGCUCAGCUGUCCCUGUAGGAAGCAGACUUGCAUGUGGUAGCCCUCCAGUCUCCCAGGACUCAUGUCUCCAGAAUGGUUGCUGUUAUGACCAGACAGACAGCAGGACACCAUGCUUCUAUGGAAACAGGGUUACUGCCCAGUGUACCACAGGCAUGCUCUCUGUUGCGGUUUCCAGAAGAGUUACUUUGCCAUUACUAAUCCUAUCUUCAGUAAAGUUCCCUGCUUCUAGUGGUACAGCAUGCAGACCUGUUAAUCAAAAUGAGGAGUUUGUUCUCUUCAGUUUUCCUCUGUCAGCCUGUGGGACCACACAAACUGUUCUUGGCUCUAAUGUGGUUUAUGAUAAUGACUUGGUGGCUGACAAGAGUGUUGUAACUUGGAGAGGAUCCUCCAUUACCCGGGACAGUACUUUUAGACUGCACAUCCGCUGUAGUUUUAUUUCAAGCGAGUCUGUGCCACUGAGUGUAGAAGUCUUCACACUGCCGCCACCACCACCUGCAUCUAGUAUGGGACCACUGACCUUGGAAAUGAGGAUUGCCAAAGAUGCUCAGUACCAACAAUACUAUGCUGAUGAAGAUUAUCCUAUAGUUAAAGUACUGAGGGACCCAGUCUUUGUUGAAGUUCGCAUUCUAAACAGAAGAGACCCUGGAGUGACCCUAUUGCUGAACCAAUGCUGGGCAACCACAUCCACAAACUCCCAACAAUUACCACAGUGGCCAAUCUUGACAGAUGGGUGUCCCUUUGAUGGUGACAACUACAUGACCCAGCCGGUUACCAUACAAGAUACAUCGCUGAGUUUUCCUCUUCACUAUAAGCGUUUUAUUGUCAGCACCUUCACAUUUGUCUCAGGACAGGCUUCAUUAACAGGGCUGGUGUACUUCCACUGCAGUGCGUCUGCAUGUGUGCCUUCUCCACAAUCCCAGUGUAUCCCUACAUGCUCAAGACGACGAAGAUCUCUUAACAACUUUGAGCCAGUAACUGUUGUAUCUGCAGAUGGGCCUAUUGAGUUCUACAUGGAUGGAAGCGGGCAGUUAUUUGAAGGAUACAAAGAGUUUCCUAGAAACCUUGACUGGAUCUGGGCUGUGAUGGCUGGCUGUGUAUUUGGCAUCACUAUACUUAUUGUCUGGCUGAAAAAAAGUAAUGCUUAUAACAUUAAAGAUGUUGUUGUUUAA